UUUACGCAAGUUGACUGAACAAACGCCAUGCAUUUGAGACAACUCCUUACCGAAAUGGUUAUUAUCUUGACCAUAUUGACCCUUCCUGGCUUGGCAGAUAAGAAAAUCAGCCAAUAUCCUUGGAUCCCGAAGACGUCAACGCAUAUUACACCUUAUAAGAUAUCUGGGGAUAUAUGAAAAAUUAAAUAUGUUAUUAUGUAUGAAUAAAUUUGGAAGAAUUUAUCUGCCCAACAAUAUAUUCUAAA